CGGCGCUCCCCGUCCUCCCCCGUUGCCACGGGUAGCAGCGCCCCUCCCCUCCGCAAAGGGCGGGAAAUCGAUGCCGACAUGGGGGACAUCCAUGAGGGUCCGCGGCACCGCAUCGCCACCGCUCACCUGGCGCGCUACAUCGGGCAGCCCGUCUGCUUCGUGGGCCGCGUCGAGAAGAUUCAUCCUACUGGGAAGCUUUUUGUGCUUUCGGAUGGAGAAGGAAAACAUACGACUGUGGAGCUGAGCGAACCUCUAGAUGAAGAGAUCUCAGGUGUUGUUGAAGUAGUGGGAAGAGUAACAAAUCAAGCAACCAUCAUGUGCACGUCAUAUGUCCAGUUCAGAGAAGAUAAAAGUCCAUUUGAUCUGGAACUCUACAAUGAAGCACUAAAAAUUAUUCAUGAAUUCCCUGAAUACUACCCGUUCGGUACUGGGAGGAACAAUUGAUUUGCCUUAGCACGUAUUUAGAGCUUCAGAGGGGCAGCAGUAGUGUCGCUUUCUUGCUUGACAGCAUGGUGACAGUUGCAUUUAUUUCUAACAAGUAUACUGAAAAGAUGCUGUCAUGUGUGCCAUGUAUUGCCAGUCAAGAAUAUUUUAUUUGGAAACGUAUUUAUUCAGCAAGAAGGAGAUCACUUCUAUGGAUAUCUCACUGUCUGUAUAUAUUUAACCCUUUUGCAUCCACGAGGCGUGUUCUUUGGCAGGACUGGACUUGCUAGGCGCUCAAGUUUUGUAGGUAUCUUUUGGUUGUUGGUAGAGGUUCUGGGAUGCUUUACAGGAAACCUGUACUGAAGACAUUUGGUGGGGUUUUAUUGUAAAGAUUUUUUUAUUUAAUUUGCUUUGACACAAAUUUGUUGGACAUGGGAUGUUUUGCAUCUUGAAAAUGGUCUCUUCUCCAAUAAAAGAGUGACUACAUCUAACUUG